UCCUUGAUGCAAUUGCACAAUUCGGUACCACAAGAUUAAUCAGUUGAAGGACGAGCUCGCGGGCGAUUGCUGCGUACUGAAGUGGAGUGUUUGGGAAACUCCUAGUCAAGGCCACCGGCAGAAGAAAAUUUCAAGGUUACACAUUUUAAAGAAAGUGCUUUGUGCUUCAAUUUUCUGGUAAAUUUAAAAGUGAAUCAUUUCUAAUCAUGUCGGACGCCUGCAAAAAGGAAAUUGGUUCCGAUUAUUUCGUGACAUGUCCGUAUAAUCCUGCACACGUAUAUUUGAAGAGCAGAGAACCAGCGCACGUUUUUAAGUGCGCAGAAACCGCGAAAAUUAAGGGAAAAAUGAAGCGAUGCCGGUUCAAUAGCGCCCACGUUGUCGGUGAACUGGAAUUUAAGUGUCAUGAAGAUGAAUGUGUAAAUCGCGCGUCAUAUGAGCGGUAUAAAUAUACGCCAGUCGCUAAUGGUGAAAGUCUGUCGGAGCGUGCAGAAACGCAUCCACCAGAAACCUUCGAGCCGGUAGAAAGUAGUGAUAAUUGGGAUCAUUGCGACGCACCAUCGUAUGACCCUGAAAAGUAUGCAACUGAGAAUGCAGUAAUUCGUUUACUGCCAGGAAGACCGCCAUCCGAAAGGAAGGAGUUUCGUCGUGCUGAGCGUGCUCGCCUUCAAGAAUUCAACAAUUAAAACUUGUAUUAAGUGUAGAACCAAAAAUAAUUUCUACCUGUAACCAAACGAUGAGAGAUGACUAGUAAAAACCCAUCAUUUAUUAUUUGACCUAUAGAAGUUUUGUUUUUCGUACGUAUUACGUAUUUAGGAAGGAUAAAAGUCCCUUGCUUUUAAAAUAUAAUGACAAAUAAUUUUGCUUACAUGAGUUCUUAAAAUUCAUGCUAAGGUAUACUUCAACUAACUGUUGUACCAAGGAAAACUAUAUGUGAUGUUAAUACACUUGUUUUGUGUGUAGCCUAAAAUUGACUUCAUUUAUAUCUAAUAUAUACACAACUAUAUAAUUCGGAAAUUUUCAAUCUAACACAAAUGAUAUUGGCAUUUAUAACUCAGUAAUGAAAACAAAAAUAUAUUUUAAGAGACAUUCAUUUUUAUAGAUUAUAA